AUGGACCAGGUCACCCCGCGGAUCACCAGCCGCUACCUCGACUCCUUCGUGGGCCAGGUCGUCAUGAUCGUCGGCAAGGUCGCGCAGCUGCGCGGCGACACGGCCGUCGUCGACUCGGACGGCAACAUCACGGCCCAGCUCAACCGGGAAUCCCACCUCACCACCGGCAACGCCGUGCAGCUCAUCGGCAAGGUCAACCCGGACCUCUCGGUCAAGGUGAUGGACUCGCUCGACCUCGGGUCCGGAGCCGCCGUCGGGGGCACGUUAUCGCCAUUUCACUACUGUAUCGAGAAGCGCGGUGGAGAAAGUCUCAAGGGACAUUUGCCCGUCUGA